CUUAGCAACACAGCCGCUGGUAGCGGCUGGGCUCCGUGCGGCAGCAGCAGCAGCAGCGAGCGGCGCGGCGGACCCGGAUCAUGCGGGGGGCUUGAGGGCUCGCCGGAGCCGGGGCGCGGAUCCCCGCCGGGCCGGGGGCAGCUGGGGCCCGAGCGAUGCCGCGGCGCUGAGGAGCCCAGCCCGGGCGCUCCGGCGGCUGCAGCAUGGAGGACGGGCUGGUGUCCGAGGAGGAGGAGAUCUUGCUUCAUUCAGAAAAAGAAUUCCACGAUGCAGCAAAGCGGAACGACAUAGCCAGGAUGCAAGAGCUCAUCAGGACAAGGGUUAAUGUCAAAGCCAAAAACAAUACAGACAGGACUGCUCUGCACUGGGCCGCUGGAGCCGGGAACGAGCAAGCCGUGCGGCUGCUGCUGGAGCAUGAAGUCCCAGUGGACGACAAAGACAGUUUUGGAAUGAACGCACUCCUCCUCUCUGCUUGGUUUGGCCAUCUGCGCGUUCUUCAAAUCCUCGUGAACGCCGGUGCCAAGAUCAACUGUGUCAAUAAGAAUGGCAGAAACCUGCUGCACUGCGCAGCUCAGAGAGGUCACAUCACGGUGAUGGAGUUCAUUAUGGAGGACCUGGAGGAUGUGCAUGUGGAUAAGACGGACAAGAUGGACAAGACGGCGUUUCAUCUGGCUGCAGAGCACGGGAGGUUAGAAGUGGUGGAGUUCUUGAUUGGGUCAGGUUGUAGUCACAGUGUUAAAGACAAGGAAAAGAACACAGCCCUACAUUUAGCUGCUAAAAAUGGGCACCCCACGGUGCUGCAGAAGAUUGUAGAAAUUGGACUGGACCUAGAAGAAAAGAACAUGGAAGGUCUGACUGCUCUGCACUUGGCUGUGGAGGGAGGCCACUACGACUGCGUGAAAGUCCUCUUGGAAGCUGGUUGUGAUGUUAAUGCCCAAACCCAGAAAGCGAUGACCUGCCUUCAUUAUGCAGCUCUCCAUGGCUAUGAAGACAUGGCCAGGAUCCUUAUUGAUGCAGGAAUCUACAUAGAUGCAGUUAAUCAUCAAAAUGCAUCAGCUGUGCACAUUGCAGUGCUGCAGAACUUCCCAGCCAUCGUUAAACUCCUCAUCGACACAGAGUGCAACCUGGACAUCCCGGAUAAUAGGCAGCAGACACCACUCCAUAUCGCUGCAGAACACGGGAGACAAGACAUAGCUGAGAUGAUUCUCAUAGCAGGAGUUAACUUGAAGUUAAUUGAUAAGCAAGGAAAAACAUCCCUGGAUGUAGCUGCCCGGGGUAACCAUAUCAACUUGGCGGACAUGAUUAUCAAAGCAGAUCGGUUUUACAAAUGGGAGAAGGACAAUCUCAACAGUGACUCCGACUCCUGGGUGGCAAAACACUUAACCUUUAAACAAGAUCACAGGCUGGAAACACAGCACAUUCGCUCAGUGAUGUGGAGAUUAGCUACUAAAUACCUCAAACCCAGCGAAUGGAAGAAGCUUGCACAUUACUGGAAAUUCACUGAUGCACAUAUCAGAGCCAUUGAGCAGCAGUGGGCAGGUACUAAAAGCUACAGGGAGCAUGGCCACAGAAUGUUGCUUAUUUGGCUUCAUGGUGUGAUCAUGGCAGGAGAAAAUCCAAUCAAAGGACUAUACGAAGGCCUGGUGGGGAUUUGUAGAAGAGACUUAGCAGAAAGCAUUAGGAAAAAGGCAAAUGCAGAAUCCACUUCUCCGAGGAAGUGUUCAGCAAUGUAACAACUGAAGGGGAAAUGACUGUCCGAUGCUGCCUUUGCUGACUUUUUCCUAGAAACUACAGUGAUUGAACCUGAAGCAUUGAACUAUUCACCAAAAAGUGGCCAUAAAACUUUUAAGGGCUUCUUGUCAUGACAGGUGGCACUUCUGCUGCUUCCACUUGAGAUCAGGUAAACUACGAGACAUCAGCACAUGCUAAUUUUAAAACAUCUUUAUACAAGUGUGGGGUUUAUUUGCUGUUGCAUAGAUGCUGGUGACUAUAAUACAAGCAAGGUGAAAAGUCAUUUGUGAUACUGUGACUACGUUUCAAUUAGGACUCUGAUAUUUUCUUACUGUAAUUUGUUUACAUCUCGUUUUUUGUAGGUAUAAUUUUUUUUAAUUGUCUUUUAUAAGUUACAAAGUGGAGAACCUUUCUAUUUAAGAUGUAGUAAGAUGUGUUCUUUAUCCAAACAUCUUCAGUUUUUGUCCAUGUCACCUAUGGUUUAUUGUGGGAGGAAUGCUCAAUUGUUUAGCUGCUGGCAUCGUUACAUUUGUUUGGGGGAAGGGGGGUAUUACCUGGACCAUAUUAAAAGAGGGAUCAGAUUUUGGAUCCCAAAGCCUCAGUUUCCCAUUAGCUGGCAUCUGAAAGGCUACAAAUCCCAUAGUCCUGUGCAAUUGAAUGUUUGUUAUUUGCCCUUUCCAAGGUUAAAGUCAUACUGUAGAUUUGAGCCAUCUUCACACAAAUACCCAAUUUAGGGAAACCAAAAUCCAUUUUUGUUAGAGUCAAUACUUUUCCAAUUCAUUUUACCUUAUAUAGAUGAACCACUUCUAACUUUGUGCUCUAAAAGUGCACAACUCAAAAGUGAGCGGGAUUUGAAGAGUCAGUUCCCCUCCUUGGCGCAUAAACAUCUGCAUAUUCCCUAAAGG